GCUCAACCAGAGCACUGAAAGCACGCACGCGGACGAGGACGUGAAGCACGAGCACUUAUAUCGUACAAUGACGCCCGCAGUUCCCCUCCUCGACACUCUCCCCAUUACCCCUCCCCCUCCCUGGAGCCAGGCGCUACAGGAGUUCUGGCUAUUCGACAAGUUAUAUCUGAUUGACCCCUGAUUCACUGCUAUAUCUGAUUCCUGAGCACCCACGUGUCCACCAUGGCUCCUCGUCGCGAGUCCCGCAAGAAGACGGAGGGCGCAGGGUACCUGCCCACGCCGGCGUCUUCGACCCUCAUGGAAGGGAAGACCGGUUCCUUGAAGGGGCUCGACAAUAGCCUGGAGCUUCCUCCCGCUGCAUUGGACCCCGAGAGCAGUGCGAGCAGUACCGUAUCCUCCAUUUCCCGCUCCUCGGAUUCGACAUGGAACCCACCUUCUCCGGAGUCUCCAAAGGCAAAGACGGUGAAGGGUCUAGCACCUCGCAAGAAGCCCAAUUCCGCUCGAAACAUGGAAGAUUCUGAUGACGAUGACGAAUUCCUGCCACAGCCCCCGACCCGCCAGCCAAAGAUCAUUCAGACGGAUCCCCAGAGAUUCCAACAUGGCCCCAAGGGAUCGAAUGGCUCACCACGUACGGGCACCAAAAGGAAGCACGAUGGGACUACUGCUCAGAGCCGCCUGGUGUCACGAAAGACGUCGCAUAGGGAGAUUGAGAAAAAGAGAAGAGGAAGGAUCAACAAUCUUUUGGAUCAGAUGAAAGACAUGAUUCCCACGUGCCGGGGCCCAAAGGGCGUGGGCAUGCACAAGGAAGCCGUUCUUGAGGCAUGCAUCAAGGAGAUGACAUAUCUGAAACAGGUCAAUGAGCACUUGAAGCGUGAUCUCCGGUCGCUCAGGGCUUCGAAUGCGCAUGUCGCGGACACGCUGGAAGAUCGCGAUCUCAAGCACCCAGAAGCGGAUAACGAGGAUGAAGAGGACGACGAGGAAGAUGAAGAAAUGAGAGAGUUCGAGCCACAAACACUAGCCAGCCCGUGGUCGAUGCCUGGCCGUUCCAGGGAGAGCAUGGCGUCCGCUGCCUCAACGCACAUGUCGCCCAAGACAUAUGCGAAAGAUAGCAGCUCGACGCCUGCCUCUCCGAACUUUUCAGCAAUUUGCCAUCCUGCAACCAGCCUUCAGUCCUCGGUUUCUCCGGUCGCGGCGCCCACUUCUGCAGAUUUGGCUCAUCAAGAUGGGCAUACACCAUUGUCCUCCGCUCUACGACCUUUCCACACAUCUCCCUCCUGGGCUGGUCCCAUAUCCACUUUCAGCGGCUGUUCGGCAUUCACGCCCUCCACACCGGCGCCGCAAUCGCUUCAGGAGGACCACCAGAUAGCCACAGAAGCCCUGCUACGGCUGCACUCUGAUCCGCGAAAAUGGGACGACUCUGCCACCACCAACCUCCCGCCACAGAACACAGUAGCAUUGGCAUCCCCCGCUGGAGAGCGCGGUCCCCGGGGCCUCACAAUCGCGGACUUGCUCUCAAGGAAUUGAGCGCGACAUACCAAGGUUUGCCGGUUUUCGGCAAUCUGGAAUUGCUUCCACCAUAUUUCAUCGAAAAUGGCCCGGCAUUCGAGAGUUCUGGUGAUGAUGAUGAUGAUGUGGUAAUGCGCUCAUUGCAUUGGAGGUGAUCUGCUUAUUCUGCGUUCCGGCUUGGGAAAAUGUGCAAAACCUAAAUCGUAGGGGAGUGGUAUCGGAUGUCGGCAUGUCCGCAACGACACGCUUCAAGUCGCGUUGGUUUUACUACUUUGCUUCAAUUGCAAGCUAUGCUGAACGGCAAUUGUGCUUGUUAUGACCAACUGAGCAUGUUAAAAAAGCUGGCCUUGUUUACCGGCUGCUCUGCUACAUGCAUGGUAUUUACGCAUAUAAUGAAUAUAGUUUGGCCGUCUCAGAGACUGCCAAAUAAAAUAGCGUUG